AUAUGUGGUGUAUUCGUAAUUCUUUCUAUAUAAAAUGUUUGAAUUCAUUAUUCCUAUGAUGUCUGCAAGAUUGCCAAGACUACUAUGUUAUGUUAUAUUAUGUUCUUAACGAUAACAUAACAUAGUAGUCUUCUCUUCUAGCAGUCGUUGGUUGCUGCAGUCACUGCAUGCUCCUUCCUCGAUCGUAAUCAUGUUUGCUUUCUUGGUCAUCCUGUGUGGAAAACGCAAGAAACCCCAAAAAGUCCAAAACCCCGUGUCUACGACUACAACUACAACUGAGCUAUUCUCCACCAUUACCGUCAAUAAUAGCGCUUCCUUCGAUCCCACUCUCCAAAUCUCCAUGACCAAGCUGAGGAGGGCCACCAAAAACUUCUCCAGUGACUUUAUCAUUGGCGGUGGCAGAUUCGGCCUCAUCUACAAGGCCCAGCUCUCCAACGGAGUCACCGUGGCCAUCAAGAGACUCGACCCAGACGCUUUCAAAGGCUCUCAAGAGUUUUGGGCUGAGAUGGUGACCCUGGGUAUGCUCCAUCACCCAAAUAUCGUUAAGAUUCUAGGCUAUUGCAUGAUCGACUCCAAUAAGCUCCUCAUAUACGAGUUUAUUCAGAAUGGCAGUUUGGACCAGUGGUUGCACCUGCAGGAGGAAGAGAAACCGGACGUGGCUACGUUAUCUUGGGGGACUCGGAUUCAGAUUGUGAGGGGCGUGGCUAAUGGUCUCUCUUUUCUGCAUGGUUUGGAUAAACCCAUUGCUCAUCAGGAUAUUAAGUCCAGCAAUGUGCUCUUGGAUUCCAAUUUUCAGGCUCACAUUUCUGAUUUUGGUCUCGCAAGGAGGAUCGACGCCUCCACUUCUUAUGCGUCCAGCCAAAGCCAAUCUAUGGGCACAAUGGGUUACAGUUACAAGCCCCCCGAGUACAAGGACGGCCUCACUGUACCCACACUCGAGGCUGAUGUUUACAGUUUUGGGAUCUUAAUGUUCGAGAUUGCUACUGGGAAGCGUCCCAAUUUGCCCAACUUUUUGGAUGGGAAAGAGGUUGGGUUAGUCGAAUGGGCCAGGAAUAUGCUGUUCAAAAAUCAGCAUAUGGAAAUGGUGGAUGCCUAUAUUUCGAGGGAGGACGGCCUCAUACAAGUCCAAGUCAAAGAGUAUUUUGAAAUUGCUGGUAUGUGUACCUGUGAGAUACGAAGAUGCAGGCCAACUAUGCCUGAGGUUGUUCAAUGGCUAAAUCGAAUUCCUACGUGCAAUUUCUAGGUUAUUUGGGAUGGGCGAAGUUAAUCAACUUUUUUGUGGGAUGAGCUCACAUCAUGACAGGAAUGUAAAUUGUUAGUGUAUAGGUUAGACUAGUUUAGCCUAUUGGGCUUAGUCCAGUAUACUGUAUUUGUAGUUUACUCCUAUUACUUGUACUGCACACAUACCUAGCCUAUAUAAAACUCUCUAUUGUAUAUUAUUAUACACACAUCAAUAUAUAGACUAUUCA